CACCGAGGGAGAGGGAGGCGCAGGCGUAGUGCGGCGGGCGGCCAUUUUCUCUCACUCUCGGGUUGUCCGUGGAGUUAUUUACCCCCUUUUUACCCCCUAGUCCCUUCCCCCCCCCCCCUCCCCCCUCGAAGCCCGGUUCGGAGCAGGCGAAAUCCUCCCUCCCACCUUUGCUUGUUUGGCUUCGCUCCGUCGCAGUUCUCGAAAUAAAACCAAACGGAAAAAUAAAGAGCCGAGCCUGAGUGACGCUCCCGCCAUGAUGAUGGAGGACGACGGGCAGCCGAGGACCCUCAGGAACAGAUGCUUACUGUUGCAAUAUUUCAAUCUCUGAGCACCUUCCCGAAACCAUGAGCUUGAUGGAAGAAUUCCAGGAGACCACUACACACCUUUUCAUCAAACCCUCAAAUUAAUAUCGUGGUGAAAUUUUCUGCAUUUUUACUUCGGUUUUGCUACGUGGGAAAUCUCUCCAGAGAUGUGACAGAAGCUCUCAUUCUUCAACUUUUCAGUCAGAUUGGACCAUGCAAAAGCUGUAAGAUGAUUGUUGAGACUGGCAAUGAUCCAUAUUGCUUUGUGGAAUUCUAUGAGCACCGGCAUGCAGCAGCAGCAUUGGCAGCGAUGAAUGGACGGAAGAUUAUGGGUAAGGUUGAGGUGUCACAGUUAGCUGUAAUGUCCUUUGCCCCACAUCCUGCUUCUUCAGUCUCACAAAUGCAUUCAGCUACACACCACAAAACAGAAGUCAAAGUGAACUGGGCAACAACUCCAAGUAGCCAGAAGAAAGACACAAGUAAUCAUUUCCAUGUAUUUGUUGGCGACUUAAGUCCAGAAAUCACCACAGAAGAUAUAAAAGCAGCAUUUGCACCUUUUGGAAGAAUAUCCGAUGCUAGAGUGGUCAAAGAUUUGGCAACUGGAAAAUCCAAAGGGUAUGGCUUUGUGUCCUUCUACAAUAAGUGGGAUGCUGAAAACGCCAUUCAGCAGAUGGGAGGGCAGUGGCUUGGAGGAAGACAGAUCCGAACAAACUGGGCAACCCGCAAGCCUCCCGCCCCAAAGAGUACAUCAGAGCCAAAUACCAAACAGCUGUCCUAUGAGGAAGUUGUAAAUCAGUCCAGUCCCAGCAAUUGUACAGUCUAUUGCGGUGGCAUAGCAGCUGGACUUACAGAACAACUCAUGCGCCAGACAUUUUCACCCUUUGGACAGAUCAUGGAGAUCAGAGUGUUUCCUGAGAAAGGGUAUUCGUUUGUACGCUUCUCAUCACACGAAAGUGCUGCACAUGCAAUCGUCUCAGUCAAUGGAACCACCAUAGAAGGACACAUUGUCAAGUGUUACUGGGGCAAAGAGACGCCUGAUGGAAUGGGCCAAUUCCAGCAGCAAAAUCAGAUGGGUUAUGCCCAGCCUUGGAGCCAGUUUGGCCAGUGGUAUGGGAAUACUCAGCAGUUCGGCCAAUAUAUGCCCAACGGCUGGCAGAUGCCACCUUACGGAGUUUAUGGGCAAGCCUGGAAUCAACAAGGAUUCAGAGUGGAUCAGACACCGUCCACUGCCGCAUGGAUGGGUGCUAACUAUGGAGUCCAGCCUGCACAAGGUCAAAGUCCCAGUGUGAUAACCAACCAAGCAGGAUUUGGCAUGGCAGGCUACCAGACCCAGUGAGCAGAAAGGACUCUCUCUUCCUACCUAUAGCCAGUGGUUUCCUGCCGCAGCGGACACGUCAAGCCUUUGUUUACUUAAAAGAUUUUUUUUUUCAAAAGCUAGAUCAAUGAAACAUGUCAACUGCGUUGUAUUUAUUUUAAAAGGAAAACAAUUCAUUUUAGAAAUCAUGGAAAUUUGUCUCAUCCAAGCUUCUGUCUAAAGAUGCUGGAUGUCUGCCAAUUUUGGUGUCCAGUUUUCUUCAAAACAAAAAAAAAAUUCAAAUCUGUUUCCUGUGUCCCUUGGAGAAAAUAAACAAAAGCAGGGAUUUCUCAGUAAUGCUGCCACUGUUAUAAAAAGAGGCGGGCAAAUUGCACAAUAUUAGAUGCCGUGUUUCUAUUGCAGAUGCUGGGCAGUUCAGUUUUGCAUUCCACAUAUUUGAUUUUGAAAUGUAAAAUUUAAUAAUCCUAUGUUUUCCACAUUUUUAUUGUACAAGGCCAUACUUCGUAAAUGUAGGAGGUUGUUCAAAACGAAAAACUCUUUGGAACAUGGAAAAACAAACGUGGAGUCCCUGGAGCUUCUCAGCAUGUACACAGCAUAGUUUAAGGCAAUGAAAUACUAUCGUAAAAUGUUUAUUUCUGUGUUUUAUUUUGUUAUUUUGAAAUGGUAUUUUAAUCACUUCAUUCAAGGAAACAGGUAUAAAAACUUAGUGAAGUUGUAGAGAAAGCACUUCCGAGUGUUGACUUGGAUUCUGGCUGCUCUCCCAGUGUUUCUCUGAAGGUUCCCUGGUCUGAGCAGUGCAGAUUCAAGUGGAGUUCUCCUUGACAAUGCAGAGCGCUGGAGCAUUCUCAGGAAUUGGCUAAAAUUGACAUUUCCAGAUCUGUAGGUGAAGCAUUCCUAACGAGUUUAGGCUGCUUGCUUGCUCCCACAAUCUGAAUUUGGGUUUCCGUUUUAAAAUGAAUGCACACGAUCAUUAUUUAAUAAUGUCAGGUGUCAGUGUGGCUACUGUUAAAAUAAAACUGGCAAUAGAGGAGAGGGUGGGCAGGGAAGAUCCUGAAGGACUCGGACUGAAGGGAACAUGCUUUGUUUUGCCGGAAUCUGCAUGAAAAGAUAACUACAAGAUACACAACCUCCACUGUUUCCACAGGGCAACCCGUUUUGUUUCUUUUGGUGCCUACUUCUGGCUUUUUGUUUUCCUUGUUUUUUUUUUCUGAUUUCAAGAGACUGAUGGUAGGAAUCAAGUUCACUGUCGUAGUUGACUACUGACUUGAGUGUCGGCUCAUCAACACUUUCAGGAAGUUAGCAGCAGCAGUGUCUUAAAGGCUGCAGUUUGUUUGGGAUCAUAGUGCAUCUCAAACCAAGAUAUCAGCCUGCGUACAUGAAACGUGAAUGGGGAGGGUGGGGGGGGGAGGGAGGGAGAGGGUGGUGGUGGGGGUGGGGGGGUAGGGAAAUUGCGCAAAAUCUUAUUACUGUCAGUGAUAUGCCAGCAUGGCAGUGGUGGCUUUGGCUGCUUACACAGAUGGUUGUGGGUUCUGCUCCAUGGGCAGGGGUUGGGACUGUGUGUCCAAACCAUUGCAGCCAGUCCAUCUGCCACAGUUGAUAUGUUUUGUCUGUUCUUGGCUGAGUCGCUAUUUGGAGCACCUGGGGUCUGGGGGAAGAAAAGAAUUUGAAAAGAAAAUCUCUUGACGUGUCUCUUCAGAGGGUGUUCUGAGUGAUGUUCUCUAGUGUAAAUGAUCAGCUAUGCUCACGAUAUUGGCUGCAUAUGCAUCAGGAGGUACUGUAAUUGUAUUUUACUGCAUAUCAGUUGUGUGUUGGUUUUAAAAUGUUCCGUCCCAGGAUUAUUGGGGGAAGUUGGCUUUUUUAUUUUCCCUGCCGGUUGUCUCCUCAGCAACGUGAUGAUUGUCUCGGAAGUCCUUCCAGCCGAGAUUCUCUUCCGUAGUCAGGAAAUUGGGAAGACAGCUAACCUCACCGAGAUUUCUUCAGUAUCGUCUUAAUGUGAUUGUCCAUGUUUGCCUGGGCUUCUGAUCAAAAGGGUCAAAUGGGGCUCUGUGCCAAUUCAAGUCAUUUACAACGUAUUAAUGGACAAAAGGUGAGACAGCUGACUUGCCGUUAAGUUCAUUUGGUCCACACACAGAUGUGUACUGCAUACAAGGAUCCGGCCAUUCGAGUCCUCUUCUGUAGAAUACGUGUCGUUGCAACAGUGAGUCACGUGAAAAUGUUUCAUUUUCUUUCUUCCAAGUCUGUUAGCUUGACAAACGUGCCUGUGCACUGGCCGCAAAAGCUAUCUGGGCCAUCUGUGACUUGCCCUAAGGUGACUAUGUGCGCAGGUGCUUGCCAGAUACACUAUAUGCACAUUUAACCAAUUUUAAAAUGGGUUAAUGUAUUUUUUAUUGGAUUGUUCGGCAAGGUUUUUUCAUAAUAGAUGCUACAUUUAGUUACCAAAAUGUGUAACUGGUUGGCCCGGCCCCAGGAGUUUUAAAUAAAUUGUCUUUUUGGAGUGGAUUGAUGCACUGCAGAUUAAUCUUUCAGAACAUAUGGAUCAUUUUGUUUUUAAGAAAUUCUGAGCUAGAAAAUGCUGCAGACUAUAUCCCUUUUGUUAGUCUAUAAGGGCUGGCACUUGGAAGUGACUGUUAUUGCUUCCAGUUAUCAUGAUUAACCGGUUCAUGUGGGAAUGUUACGUUUCUCUCCAAGUGAUUCAUUGGAUGUUGUGGCAAAUAAUCACAUGGAAUAGAAGUAAUGCCAAAGAUGGUGUCCAUGUUUUUGCUCCCGAUUCUGUCCCACCCCUCCCAUCGAAACCAAAUCUUGUGCUUGUGCACAUGCUCCAUCAGUUAAGUGAGUAAAAGAAACAGCAAACUUUCAGAGCAGCACUGCUCAUGUGCAACAUCCUUCAUAUUUUGUGCUGUAGCCCAGGGGAUUGAGACAGAGUGCUCCUACCCACUUAGUCUCCCCGAAGUUGUCAGAGGGAACCUGUGGUUACAGGCUUCCAGGUCAGGUGGGAGUGGGUUUUCACACGGAUGAGCUGGGGAAAAUGAACGCAGCCUGAGCAGGCCACAAAGAAAAGGGAUAAAGUCUCGAUUUUCUGUUUAAACUGCGUCAGCAUUUUAAAGAAAACAAUUCACCUCAGGGGAAUUCUAUUCCAGGCAAAAAUCACAUGAACUAGGUUUGUGAAGGACCAAUUGACUUGCAUUCGGGUUUGUUAACUGCACGGCCUUGUUGGUAUUAUAACUGUAGCAGUUAUUAACAGUCAAUAAAUAAAACGGUCAUUGGGCCAUCAUACUGAA